GUCGAACUCAGUCAACAGUGGAAAGCAGAAGCUGGUGGCGACGCCCGUCAUUGAUGCUCUGGUAAGAUUCUGCAAGCUGAAGCCGUCGAUGAGCUCGAAGGAGAGCUGCCGAACCGAGCUGCGAGCUGCCAUCCGCCAGCUCAGUGACCGAUGCCUCUACUCUGCCUCCAAAUGGGCAGGAGAGCAGCUUGUGGGCAUCGAACUAGACCCAGCAAAGUUCACACCUUCGAAUACCAGGUUCCAACGUGGAAGCUCCAGCAUCCGUAGGAGAUUCCGUACCAAUGAGAUCACUUUGACUCCCAUAGCUGGAGUUUCUUAUGUAAGCACUCCCGUGAUGGAGGAAGAUGAUGCAGUAGAUGGUGAUUUCUACCUUCUGGCAAAGUCUUACUUUGACUGCCGGGAGUACAGACGUGCUGCACAUGUGCUUCGGGACCAAAAUGGAAAGAAAUCCAUCUUCCUACGGUGCUACGCUCUUUUCCUGGCUGGAGAAAAGAGGAAAGAAGAAGAGAUAAUAGAACUCGAGGGGCCUUUAGGUAAGAGCGAUGCUGUGAACCGUGAAUUGGUUGCCCUGGAGAGGGAGUUAUUGAUGCUUCGCAAGAAUGGAUCGAUCGAUCCAUUUUGUUUGUAUAUGUAUGGCCUCGUACUCAAAGAGAAAGGGAGCGAAAACCUUGCUCGAACGGUUCUUGUUGAGUCUGUCAAUAGUUAUCCUUGGAACUGGAGUGCCUGGUCAGAGCUGCAGUCAUUGUGCACUACUGUCGACAUAUUAAACAGCCUCCCUCUCAAUAAUCACUGGAUGAAGGACUUCUUCCUCGCAAGUGCUUAUCUGGAACUUAGAAUGCAUAACGACUCCUUGGCGAAAUAUGAAUAUCUACAGGGCACUUUCAGCUUCAGUAAUUACAUACAGGCACAAAUUGCAAAAGCCCAGUACAAUCUAAGGGAUUUCGAUCAAGUUGAGGCGAUAUUUGAAGAUCUUAUGAGGAAUGAUCCUUAUCGUGUGGAGGACAUGGAUAUGUAUUCAAAUGUGCUCUAUGCUAAGGAAUCCUUCUCUGCCUUAAGUUACCUCGCCCAUAGGGUGUUUUUGACAGAUAAGUACAGGCCUGAAUCCUGCUGUAUCAUGGGGAAUUACUACAGUUUAAAAGGGCAACAUGAGAAGUCCAUAAUGUACUUUAGGAGGGCCCUCAAACUGAAUAAGAAGUUCUUAUCUGCUUGGACUCUGAUUGGUCAUGAGUAUGUCGAGAUGAAGAACACAGCCGCUGCUGUUGAAGCUUAUAGGCGGGCUGUGGAUGUAAACCCGUGUGACUAUCGAGCUUGGUAUGGUUUAGGGCAAGCUUACGAGAUGAUGGGAAUGCCACUCUAUGCCCUCAAUUAUUUCCGAAAAUCCGUCUUCCUGCAGCCAGGUGAUUCUCGAUUGUGGAUUGCAAUGGCUCAAUGCUACGAAAAGGAAGAGCUCCACAUGCUCGAAGAUGCAAUUAAGUGUUACAGGAGGGCAGUGAAUUGUAACGAUACAGAAGCGAUUGCUCUUCACCAGCUUGCGAAGCUUAAUGCAGAGCUCGGGCGAGCAGAAGAGGCUGCAUUUUACUACAAGAAGGAUCUCGAGAGGAUGGAAGCAGAGGAGAGGGAAGGGCAAAACAUGGUUGAAGCUUUAGUCUUUCUUGCUACUCACUGCAAGACCCAGAAGAGGUUCGAAGAAGCUGAGGUGUAUUGCACUCGUCUUAUGGAUUAUAAAGGCCCAGAGAAAGAAAUGGCAAAGAGUUUACUGCGGGCAAUUAGAAUAGCGCGAAGUGGUUUUCCUUCGACAGAUGUUGAGCAUUUUCCUCCCUAAAAGUUGUGUUCCUUGGAAAGUGAAGAAAGGUCAGAUUUUCCGAGCAGAUAUCUAGAUUGUGGUAGAAUAGAUUCCCCACAUAUCAAGACAAUUACUGCCGUCAACUAUUUGCUGAUUCACUGAAAUAUUAUACUCGGACACAGUACUCAUGAAUGGAAUUUUGCCAGUAGUUGCACAUUAUAGUCAUCAACUUGUUUCCCCUGCUGGAGGAAUCCUUAUUUUAUGCUUUGUUGGCACUCAAAUUCACUAAGCAUGUCUGGUUUGAUUCAGUUAGGCUGAUCGCGCCGCAUGGAACACGACCAGUGCCUAUGGCCAGUAAUGUUCAUAUUUAUUUCCCA